AUGGAUACGACAGGCAGCACUACAUCCUCGACGACAUCAACUUCACAUACCAUGACUGUCUCCCCACCCAUUAAUGUUUCAGCCGCCAUGCCCACCCAAAAUGGCACAAAUGGACAAAGUUCAAUUGAAGAGUUAUUAGUUGCGCUUGCUCCGACCAAUCGGUAUACUUUUAUUGCGCCUUCGUCACAAUUACCUAACGCGAGUUUGGAAUAUGCAAAAGAGACACUGGAUCGAUUUGCGGGGAAAUUAGGAGAUGAACAAGCGAAAAGAUUGAAAGAGCAGAGGAAAAAGAGAAAGAGGGGUGACAGGGAUGGGGAUGAGGGAGAGGUGUUGAAGAUUAGGAAAAUACAUACCCAAGGAUUUGAGGUUCAGCAAGUUUGGGAACAGGCUAAAAGAGUUAUUGAUGCGCUGAAAGGAGAUGCAGAAAGGGCUCUUGAGGAGUUUGGCAUUGGUGGAGAUGAGAGUGAAGAGAGUGACGAGGAGGAGGGGAGUGUUGAUAUGGCUAAGUUUGAUGAAGAUGGAUUUGGAAUUGGUUCGGAUGCUGAGGGCGAGGAAGGGGAUGAAGAUGUCGAAGAAAUGGAAGAAGAAUUUCACACAGAUGAAGAGGACGAAAUGGACGGCCAAGAGGAUGGCGAGGCUUUCGAAGGCUUUGGAGAAGAAGAUGGAGAGGACCAGGACGAGGACGAAGAUGAGGAUGAAACUGGAGUUUUUGUGGAGGAUCCAAAUAAACUCAACGAUGGUUUCUUCUCAAUCGACGAAUUCAACAAACAAACAGAAUUUCUCGAGCGACAGGAUGCCUCAGCGGACACUUUUACUGGAGAAGCAAGUGAUGAAGAAGAUAUCGAUUGGGGUAAUGAUCCAAUGUCUAUGCCAAUCAAAGCAGAUAAAAGCUCCAAACGUGCAGAGGCUAUGGAUGUCUCAGACGGAGAAGAUGACAAAGAAGAGGGUGGACCGACAUUUGGCAACAUGGAUUUGAAUGCACCUGAAGGAGAUAGUGACGACGACGACGAGAUGGAUUUGGACGAAGCUGCUCAUCUAGCCGAAGAUAACACAAAUGACAUUCUUUACAAAGAUUUCUUCGAACCACCUCCAAGAAAGAUCGGUAAAGGAGAACUACAAGCAAAAUACUUGGAGAGACAAGCCAAAAAAGCCAAAGCCUCCGCACCCGAAGAAGAUGAAGAUGCUAUGAAACGAGCUAUGGCCGACGUUCGGCGCGAUCUAUUCGACGACGAAGACGACGCCAACUCUGAGGAUGACCUUUCCGAUCUCGACCCAGCGGACCCUAAAUCUCGUCGCUCAACCCACGAACGCCGCCAAGCUAAAAUCGGCGAAGAAAUCCGCCGUCUCGAAGCUGCAUCCGUCGCGAAACGUGAUUGGACUCUAGCAGGAGAAGCAAGAGCUCUGGAUCGACCCAUGAACUCUCUCCUCGAGGAAGAUCUCGAUUUCGAACGCACCGGUAAACCCGUCCCCGUCAUCACAGCCGAAGUAAGCGAAAGCAUCGAGGAACUCAUCAAACGACGAAUUCUAGCCCAAGAAUUCGACGAGGUUAUUCGUCGUCGUCCAGACUCAUUAACUCCUGCCAAUACCCGUCGUGGACUCUUCGAACUCGACGAUUCCAAGAACAAACAAAGUCUCGCGGAAAUUUACGAGGAAGAACAUGUUAAAAAUACCAAUCCCGAUACGUUCGUCAGUAAAACAGACGAGAAAGUACAAGCCCAAGAAAAAGAAGUCGAGAAUCUAUGGAAAGAAGUAUGCGCCAAGCUCGACGCCCUCAGUUCCUGGCACUACAAACCCAAGCCCGCAGCCCCAAGUCUCACCGUCGUCGGAGACGUCGCGACAAUCAGCAUGGAAGACGCACAGCCCUCCACAGCAUCCGGUAUUGCCGGUGGCGAAUCCAUGCUCGCACCGCAAGAAAUCUACAAAGCAGGUCAAUUGGCCGAGGGACAAAGGAAAGACAAUAAUGAGAUUACCCGUGGAGGCGCACCGGUUGCGAGAGAGGAAAUGAGUCGAGAGGAGAAAUUGAGGAGGAGGAGGAGGGAGAAGGAACGCAUUAAGAAGAUGGGAGAUGGGGAGAAGGUGGUGAGUAAGAAGACGAAGGAGAAGAGGGAGGUGGUGGGUGAGUUGAAGAAGGCUGGCGUUAAGAUUAUUGGGAAGAGGGGUGAGAUUAGGGAUGUGGAGGGGAGGAAAAUUUUGGCGAGUGAAGUUGUUACUGGGGGUGGGGGGUUCAAGUUGUAG